UUGUGCGUGGCGACAGUUUCAGCAAUGCGGGCCCCAUUCUCGUCUCCGGCGGCUGCAGGCGUGGAUGAGCUUCCCGGGAGGAGCUGAGAAGAGCUGCCUGGGCCCUGCGGCUCACAGAAUGGCUGGAGGUGACUAUGCGGAAGUUCUCAAGUACUAUGAAUUACACGGAACAGUCGGCACAGGUGGGUUUGCAAAGGUAAAACUUGCACGGCAUCGUCUCACUGGUGAAAAAGUCGCAAUAAAAAUCAUGGACAAACUUGCUCUACGGGAUGAUUUGCCUCGUGUUAAAUUAGAAAUUGAUGCCAUGAAGGACUUGAGUCACCAACACAUUUGCCGGCUGUAUCAUGUGAUUGAGACACCCAAGAAAAUAUUCAUGGUUUUAGAGUACUGUCCUGGAGGAGAACUGUUUGAUUACAUCAUUUCUAAGGACCGCCUUUCUGAGGAGGAAGCUCGUGUAUUUUUUCGGCAGAUUGUUUCAGCAAUUGCUUAUGUGCACAGUCGAGGAUAUGCCCACAGGGAUCUCAAACCAGAAAAUCUGCUGAUUGAUGAGGAACAUAAUCUGAAGCUGAUAGACUUCGGACUUUGUGCAAAGCCAAAGGGUGGCCUUGAUUACCAUCUGAACACAUCCUGUGGAAGCCCAGCUUAUGCAGCACCAGAGCUGAUUCAGGGCAAAGCAUACAUUGGCUCAGAGGCAGAUAUUUGGAGUAUGGGAGUACUGCUGUAUGCUCUGCUGUGUGGUUUUCUCCCCUUUGAUGAUGACAAUGUCAUGGCUGUCUACAGGAAGAUCCUAAGAGGAAAAUACAGUAUUCCAAAGUGGCUCUCUCCUAGUAGUACGCUGCUCCUUGACCAAAUGCUGCAGGUUGACCCAAAGAAGAGGAUUACAGUCAAACACCUGUUAAGUCAUCCUUGGCUUAUGCAAGGCUAUUCUGACGCUGUUCAGUGGCAAAGUAAAUACCCACUGGGACAUCUUGACGAGGACUGCGUAACAGAGCUUUCUGUGUUUCAUGAGCAGAGCAGGGAGACUAUAAUGGAAUUAAUAACAGAGUGGAAAUAUGACCAGAUGUCAGCAACAUACCUCUUGCUUCAAUCCAAGAAGGCUCGUGGCAAGCGUGUUUGUUUAAGUUUUCCACGUGUAACAGGGCAUGCCAGAACCAUGCCAUUGGCAGGCCUCAAGUCUGAAAACAUUGUGACGUGUGAAGACUGCGAUGAAAUGCCAUGUGUGUUUGGAUCCACGGAAUUUUCAAAUACAGGGUCACUGUUUAAAGAGUCUUCUUCAGAAGAAUUUUUUCUAAAUACUCAUGGAACAAAACAGCAUUCAAGGCUUGAUGCUCAAUUGGAUGAUACAGAAUUCAUACUGUCAACUCCAGUGACAAGAAAAGUGGCAUCUAAGAAGCAUAAAAACAAAGAGAAUGUAGAGACAGAGUCAACUUUAAGAAAUGAAAUGCCUUUUGCACUUCCUACUCCAAGGACUCCUUUUGUGAAGAGUCAGAUUGAGACACAGGAACAAGCCAUACCCUCUCAGGCACCUGCCUUUAAAGAGAGCCAGUUCACUGCAGUCACCCCAAUUAAACCCACAAACCUGACAAACACAGAUGAAUUCACAGCAGCUGAGGUUCUUCCCGAAACAAGGUGUCACUCAGUGGAAUUAGAUCGCAACCUAGGUCAUGUGGAUAGCAGCCAAAAGAAGCGAAAAGCCAAAAUAUUUGGAAAUCUUGAAAAAGGCCUAGAUAAAGUGAUCACAAUGCUUACGCCAAGCAAGAAGAAACGAUGCACUAGAAGUUGUCCAAGGAAACUAAAGGCACACUGCAAUGUUACCAUCACUCAGCUACUGAAUCCAGACCAACUGUUGAAUGAAAUAAUCACGGUUCUUUCAAAGAAGCAUGUGGAAUAUGUUCAGAAGGGUUACACCCUGAAAUGUCAAACACGGUCAGAUUUUGGUAGAGUAACUAUGGAGUUUGAGUUAGAAGUGUGUCGACUCGAUAAACCUGAAGCAGUGGGUAUUUGGCGACAACGGCUUAAAGGUGACGCUUGGGUCUACAAGAGGCUGAUGGAAGACAUCUUAUCUAGCUGCCAAGUGUGAGUGGCAGAGGCUUUUAUCAUGAUGUUUUGGAAAGGUCUGUUCAGAGAAGUAAUUCUUUGUUACAGUCACAGCUAUAUUUCAAAAAUCUGUCAUAUUUCUUGGGUUUUAACCAUCCCUUUUUUGUACAUAUGUCUUCUGUAUGUUUCCUUGAUUAGGUUCAUAAUAAAUGUUCUGCAACUGCAACUUUUUUGAAGCAAAAUUUUGUAAGCUGUUCCCUCUCUCAUAUAUUUUUCCCAUAUCUCAGUUAAAAAAGUAGUGGUGUUUACAUGCUGAAGCUUUUUGUGCUAUGUCUUCAGUUAUCAAGUGCAUGUGGCACAGAAAUAGUAAUUUGCAUAAUUCUCUUGUCUCUGCUUAAGUAGGAUUUAUUGAGAUCAUUAACUAAGUCACAGCUGUGGUUCUCAGAGUUACCCUAUAUAUGCUCAGUGUUGUACAAAAUAGGACUGGCUUCAAUAAAUGUGAAGUCAAGAGUGCUUGGA